AUGUCGCACUCCAAUCAAACUUUUGAUAAGUUAGACGAGGAAAAUUGGGAUGAUGACUUCGAAAUAAAUGACAAAGUCAAUGAAAUGAAAAUACGAAGUAGUGACAACACAAAUGGAGAAUGUUGGGAUGAUGAUUUUGGAGAAAUAAAAACAGGAGAAAAGAUGAUUACGUCAAUACAAAAGGAAACAACAACAAAUACAACGAAAAAUUUUGAAAUCAAAACUAUACAAACGAAAGAUAAUGACGAUUGGGGAGAUGAUUUUGUUAUUCCUGAAGAAGGUGAAAGCAAAACGAAGAUCAGUGUAAAACCAUUAAAUAAUUUUCUUCAAAAAAAGACAAACGAAUAUUCUAAGGUAGGGAACAAUGAAAAUUGGGAUGAUGAUUUUGGAAAUGCAAAGAAUGAGAAUUCAGAUGAAGGGUUUUAUGGGUUACAAGAAUUAGCAAAAGAAGAAAAGAAGUCUUCAAGAAAGAAAUUAAAUGGAAAAAGAAGGUCAAUAUUAAUAGAUAAAGAGAAGAAAGAUGGGAAAAAAAUAAAAAUACCAACAUUAAAAACAAAAGGAAAAGAUAAAGAAGAUAGUUGUAAUGAAGGUUUUGAUAUAAUUGUUUCACCACGAAAAAAGAUUAAUGAAAAAAAACCAUCUGCAUUAGUUGGAGAAGAUAAUUGGGAUGAUAUUUUUAUAAACGAUAAAAAAGAAAAAAAAAUAACACCCCGAAAGAAAAGAUCAACAAGUGAAAAACCAUUAAUAAAAAAAUCAGAUACACCUGAAAAUUGGGAUAAUGAUUUUGCUGAUGAAUUAGAUGGAAAUAAUAAAGAUGAGUGGGGAGAUAAUUUUGGUGAAAUACCAAUAGAUGAAAAAAAACCAAUAGAAGUAAAAAAAAUAAGUGUAACAACUGACGAAGUUUGGGAUGAUGAUUUUUCGUUAGGUGAAAAUGAAUCAUUUCAAAGUAUUUCAAUUCCUAAUACAACUCUGAUUAUGAUGAAACUUCCAUUUUUAAAACAAGUUAAAGAUCUUGUUGAUCAUUUUCCUGAAGUUACACUCAGUUUUUAUAAAGAAGAAGAGUUUGAUGGAUAUACUGAUCUUUGUAUAGAAAAUAUUGAUAAUCCUAUUGUUAAAGAAAUAGUAAAACGAUGGGAAAAAGCAAAUGAAUAUGGAAUGAAACAUGAUUAUAUAAAUGCGGAAAAGUUAUAUUUACCUCUAAUUAAUGAAUGUUUAAAACCUACAUUACCUGUAAGUGAUCUUUUUAAAUUACGAGUAUUUUAUCAAGCUUAUAUAAUUUAUAAAAAGGUUGGAGAUAAAAGUAAAUGUAAUCAAAUGUUAGAAUUAGCUUAUACUAUGUAUUCGACAAUAUUAGAUCCACCUAAUGAUGCAUGUUUUUCAAGGUUAUCAGCUAGAUUAAAUUGUGAUGUUUAUGAAUUAAAUAAAGAUGAUGAUUCAUUUACCCCAAAAGUAAAUCGAUUAAUAGAAGCGUUGUCAUGUUAUUUAUAUCCAUUACAUCCAUUUACUAAACCACCACAAUAUAUUUAUCCUUGGAAGAUUAUUGGAGAAUUAUCAGCAAUAUUAUCAUAUGAAUUAGAGUAUUUUGAAUGUACCUGUGAAGGGAUCACUGAUAUUCUUUUCACUAAAGUUCAGAAAAUAUCUUUAAUGUUUGGUUCAAUAAAAACAACUGAAUUUAUGAAUAAGUAUAUUGAACUUCAUAAUAAACAUGAGAAAGAAAAAGAAAAGAAGAAUAGCAAAGAAGAACAAGUGAUUGAAGAAGAAGAAGAUUGGGAUGCAGAAUUUGGUAUUACACCACAAACGAAUGUUCCUACAUUAAGUGUAUUUGAUUCAUUUCAAGAAGAAAUUAUGGAAGAGAAUCCACCAGAGAAUUGUAGAUUACUUGAAAUUAUUAACAAUCAAAGUGUACAAACAGUAGGUUAUGGCCUUCCAAUGAAAUUUUAUGAUGAGAGAUUAACAACUAAAUUUCAAGCACCUCAACUACAACAAUACAUUGAAGAAACAACUAAAGAAAUUAAAGAAAAUACAUUAUGGAAUAUUAUAGAUCUUCCUGUUGAUGAAAAAUUAAGUGAUAAUUUAAUUGAAAUAUUACAAAAGAAAAAAGAUAUAAAAACAUUAGUUAAUAUUGCAUUUAAAUCGAGUAGUUAUUCAUUAAAAAAGAAAGUUGGACAAUUUAACAAUAUGGCAAUAGGAUUUGUUAGAAGUGAAUUAUUAAGACAAUACGAUUUAAAAAGUAUCAAUAUUAUCGAAAUGCUACAAAUUAUUUGUGUAUGUUAUUCAUUUGGAGAUGAAUAUUUAAAAGAGAUUGGAAAUAAAUUUUUUACUGGUUGUGGAUUUCAGUUACUAGAAAUAAUAAGAAAAGGAUAUCAAUUUCAUAUAAGAAUGAAUAAAGGAGUAGUUGGGAAUUGGAGAGAUGAUGAAUAUUUUGAACAAAUUGAUAGUGAAUUAGAUAAUUUAAAAGAGAAAAAUGAUGAUGAAUUAACAAUUAUUUAUAAUUCAUGGAUAUUGUGUGAAGCAAUUUUGAUUGAAUUAGGAUAUUCUUCAGUAACAUAUACAAAAAUUACUGUUGAUGAUCAACUUCUGGAUGUAGAUAAAAAAUUUCUUAAUGAACAAAAAAGUCGUUUAGUUGAGUAUUAUAAAAAAAUGGAAAUAAACUUCUUUAAAGCAAGAGUAGCGUUAGUACUUGGAAUUAUUUUUAACUUUUUUGAAGAUUCUAAAACAUCAGAAUCAUUAUUAUUUGAUUCCUUUUAUAUAUUAAGACAAUUAUGGUAUAUUUCAUUAUUCUUAACUCCUUUAGGAAUUAAGGUAUGUAUUAAAUUAUUACAGGUUUCUACAUUAAAUCAUAAAACUGAAUAUUGUAAAUCAUUAAUAGAUACAGUAUUCUUUGUUGCACCAUAUGUUCUUUAUAUCGACAUUCAAAUGACAGUCAAAAUAAUUGCAGAUAUUGCUACACAUAUUGGAGAAGAAACUAAAGCCAUUAAUAUGUAUAAAUGGUUAAUUGAAAUUUAUUAUAAAGAAGAAAAAUAUAAUGAAUUUCUUUAUAUUGUUGGAGUAUUAGCAGAAAUUUAUAUUUCAAUUGGUUUAUAUGAUAGUGCUUUUCAGUUACUUGCUCUUAGAUUUGUUUCUCAAAAACAUUUAGAAACAACAAAUAUUAAAUCAUUACCAAUUUAUCAUCAAAAUAUGCAAAGAUUGGCAGAAAUAUUUCUUCAUGUUGGAGAUGACAAAAGAGUUCAAACAACAAUCAAUUUCUUUAAUAAACUUAAUAUUCCAAGGUCAAAAGAAGUAGAAUUAAAAGUAAUUCUUGCAAAAAUGUAUGCUAAACGAGGGUGGUGUGAUGAUUGUUUAAAAACUUUAGAAGAUGUUCAUUUGUUUGAGUUUGAAUUAAUCAAUAAAAAACAGAGAACAGAAGUUGCUGUUAAUGUGUUUUCAAUUAUAGCAAUGUGUUAUGUUAAUGCAGAGCAAUAUCAUAGAGCUAUGUCAAUGAUAGAUUUUUCAUUAACUCUAUGCGAUAAUACAGAUUAUAGAUUACUAGGUUCAUUAUUCUUUAAAAGAGGAAACGUUUUAAGAAAGAUAUUGUCUAAUCCUGUUCAAACAUAUCCAUCAUAUCUUAGAGAUGACGAUGGAAUAAACAAAUUUUUAACUUCAUUCCUCUCAGAUGAAAAUGGAGAAAAAGUACCAAUUAAAGUAAUCGAGCCAACCUUAUUCAAUGGAGAUUGGGAAGUUGUUCAAGAAGCAUUAUUAUCAUUUCAGAAAUCAUAUGAUAUUUAUACAUUAUUGGCUGAUGAUGGGCGAUUAGCCAAAACGCAAUUAGUUAUUGCAUCAACAAAAACACAAUUUUUAUUACGUACACCUAAUGAUUCUGCUGGAUAUUGUUUUGCUUCAACACUUAAUUUAACAUAUUUUGAAGGUAGUUCAUUCUUAAAGAAAUGGAGUGUUGUAAAAAUUAAAACAAGUGUUUCCCCAAAAGACUUUAUUAUUGAUGCUGAAGGUGCGAGAAAAUAUGCAUAUGAAGCAUUAAAAACUUAUUCACAAAUGUUUGAUAUAUGGCAUAUUAUCCCUGCAUAUGUUACUAUGGCAGAAAUACAAUUUCUAAGAGAUAAAAGACAAGAAUCAUAUUCACAUCUUCAACUAGCUGUCCAAACAUUAUACACAAUGUUUUUUGAUGGUCCAAGAGAUAUUGGACCGAAUAUACCUGCUCAUUAUGUAUUUACUAUGUACGAAAUUUUAGGAAGAGUUGUACGAUUAAUGAUUUUAUUUGGAAAAAAUACUAUUAAUGCUAAUUUUGUUAUAAUAGAUACUUAUUUAAUGCUUCAAUAUGCAACACUAAGAAUUAGAAGAAGAAAUAAUGAAUUUAUUGAUUUCUGGGAGAAUUUAAAUCAAACACGAUCAUUUUGUGAUACAGUUAAUAAAAAACUUCAAUUAGAUUGUAUUGAUGAAACAGAUUUAUUAAGAGUGUUAUUAAUUAAAAUGUGUAAUAGAAUUAAUCCAACAUUAGCUAUGUAUGAAGCAUAUGCAACUCAUGCACUUUCUUUAUAUUCACAAUUACUUUAUUCUAAAAUAGUAGCAAUUAAAUAUAAUGUAGAACGAUAUUCAAAUUCAAGAAUAACUAAAAAUGGUUUAAUUGAUUCUAAUAAAGAAUUAAUUAAAAAUAUAUUAGAAAUGGUUAAAGAAAGUCAUUUUAUUUAUUCAUUUGUUAUUCCUCAAUUAGGAACUGUUAGACAACCAGAACCUUCAUUUGAAAUACUCCCUAUUUUCAGACAACAAACCACUACUACAACUCAAACGAUUGCUGCUUCAACUGCUCAAUUUAAAUCUGAACAUGUAUUUUUAAUAUUACAACUUUGUGGAUCAAUCAUUUUUUAUCAUAGUUCUGGAGAAACAUGUGUAUGUCAAUUUGGUGUAUUAUCUCCAAUACAAACAACUGUUACAAUGAUUGCAAUGAAAAUUACAAUUAAAAAAGGGUCAAUAUAUUAUAUUGUUUCACCAACAAUAACUAUUUCACAGUUAUUACUUGCAUUAUCACAUGAUAUGGAAAAUGAAUCAAAAAUCAAAAAAUCUACAUUUGGUAGUCUAAAAAUUAGUAAAGGAAAAUGUAAGAUGGUUGGAUGUGAAAAAGAAUUUAACAAAGAAAUUAUUCGAAUGAUGAAGCAAAAGAAAGGAUUCAAUUUUAUAAAUGCUUUGUGUCUCUCUAGAACUAACAAACCAACAGAAAUGCUUAAUGAAGAGUCUACUAUAUUAUCAUUACUUAAUCCAAAUCAAUUAAAAGAAACUCAGUUUAAUGGACAUUUAAAAGAAUACCCACAAAAACCAUUUACAUUAUUUUUAAUAAAACGACCUGCAAUUGUUAAUUUACAAAAUAUUGUUAAACGACAAACAAUUACAAUGGAUGGAUUUUUAAUGAAUUACUUUGCUUAUAACAUUGAUAGAACUCGUCCUCAACCAUGUGACUCUAUUUCACAAGUUAAAGAUAAAAUGGAAGAAAUAUUUAAUUCUUUAGACCUCUUUAAAGAACGUCGAGCAAAUAAAUUAAUUGUUAGUCCAACAUUAAAUAUUAUUCCAUGGGAAUUAUUAGAACCAUUCAAAAAUUGUGUAAGGUAUUUCUCUUUUUCGGGGGUUGAAAGGAUUAAUUCAUCAAAAAUAAGUUCUGAAGCACCACCACUAUUCUUAUUCUUCAAAUGUAGUGAUAAUAUAGCUUUAGAUGAAGCAAGAAAACAAGAGUUAAUUAAAGAGUCUAAUCUUGCGUUAUGUUAUACAGAUGGUAUACCAAAUAGAUCAACUCAAACAAUUGCAUCAGGGUUCUUUGCUAACUCAGCAAUGAAAACAUUCUCUAAUACAUAUCCUAGUAUCUUUAAAACAAUUGAUAUUUAUCCACAAAGGUUAUUUUCUGAACAGUUAAAAGAAUUUAUUAUGGAUGAAAAUUAUGAAUAUAUUGUUGUUAUCUCAGAAGCUGAUUUAUUAGAGUGUUCUGAUCUCUUAUCUUUUAUUGCAACACAAACUAACUUUGGUAUUAUGUCUAUCUCUAAAUUAAAGUAUCGUAAGUUACAAGAAUCUACUUUAAAAAUGGAAAAGAAAGAGAUUUUAUCAGAUAAACAAAAGUUUGUUCUAAUAAAACAAGUCCAAUCUGAUCUAACAGGAAAAACAUUCAAUUGUUCUUCUCUUUUCCAUGUAAAGCAAACCGAUUAA